CCUGACCUAAUUAAUUAGAUUUCCAUUUGUCUGACAGAAUGUGUUUCUUUUUGUUAUUGAGUAUUCUUCUGGUUUCAUCUGAAGGAUCUGAAUGUCCGAGAGCGUACAUUGACGGGGGUCAAGGGUCAUGCUAUUUUGUCAGCCAUGAUGAGGUCACAUGGACGGAGGCUAUGAUAUCAUGUCAGAUCCUCGAAGGAUACCUGGUCGAAAUAGAAACUCAGGCAGAAUUUGAUAACAUCCGCAGCCUUUUGCUCAAUAGAACAUCGCAAGCCAGUGUAUGGGUUGCGCUCUCCGACAAACGACAGGACAAGAUUUGGGAAUGGGCCACCAGCCACACAAUCUACGACCCUCAGGCAGCCGAGUUCGACAUGUGGUCCCCGGGUGAGCCCGACCAUUACAGUAAGGAUGGGACCGAAGAUUGUGCCCUACUUGACUAUUUCCAUGGCGACGGCAAGUCACAUGACUUUCAGCUCGCUGACGUGCAGUGUAGUAGGGAGGAGCUAUAUGUCUGUGAACAUAAGAAGCUGACUCAGGCUGUCGUUGUGGGGUAACAAGUUUACCACCAGUUCGUUGUUAAACGCUAAAGCAAUAAACAUGUAUGAUUCAAAUCAUUCCAUUA